CGCUCAGGUCUCCGUCUCGCUCGCUGCAGCGUUGACCGCCAGUGACUGAUGAGUGCAACGUUUCGGACCGACCCGGCUAUUUCUCCAACAUACAUUGCCCACGUUUGCGGAGGGUUUUCACGAGACGUCUUCUGCAGAGGUGAAGCUGCACGCCCCGGUCCAAGAUGUCUGUGGCCGGGCUGAAAAAACAGUUCCACAAAGCCAGCCAGCUGCUCAGUGAGAAGAUCAGCGGGGCGGAGGGGACCAAGCUGGAUGAAGACUUCAUGGAGAUGGAGAGGAAGAUUGAAGUGACCAACAAGUCCGUGUUCGACCUCUUGUCAAAAACAACAGAAUACCUCCAGCCGAACCCAGCCUCUCGAGCCAAACUGAACAUGCUGAACACAGUGUCUAAGAUGCGAGGUCAGGUGUCGCCCACUGGCUACCCUCAGACGGAAGGCCUGCUGGGAGACUGCAUGCUGCGCCACGGCCACGAGCUGGGAGAGGACUCCGUGUUUGGCUGUGCUCUGGUGGAAAUGGGCGAGGCCAUGAGGCAGAUGGCGGACGUGAAGGACGCCCUGGACAUCGGUGUCAAGCAGAACUUCAUCGACCCUCUGCAGAAUGUACAGGACAAGGACCUCAAAGAGAUCACGCACCACCUCAAGAAGAUGGAGGGCCGUCGGUUGGACUUUGACUACAAGAAGAAGCGUCAGGGGAAAAUCCCCGACGAGGAGAUCCGGCAGGCCGUGGAGAAGUUCGACGAGAGCAGAGAGCUGGCGGAGCGGAGCAUGUUCAACUUCCUGGAGAAUGACGUGGAGCAGGUGAGACAGCUGCUGGCGCUGAUCCAGGCGGCCGCGGAGUACCACAGGCAGUCACGUGACAUCCUGCAGGAGCUCAGUGGAAAGCUGCAGAAGAGGAUAUCCACAGCCAGCAGCCGGCCCAGGAGGGACUUUCACCAGAAGUCCAUCAGGAGCAGCAUGCAGCCCGUGGACUCGGGUCAGCACAACGGCCUGUCCUUCAGCUCCUCGCUCAGAGCCUCCGAUAUGCAGAUCAACCCCACAAUGAAUGGUAAAACUGCUCAUAUAACAUCUGUUCCACUGUCAUGGCCUGACAGCCCCACCAUCAAUGGCAAUAUUCAUCCGGGCGAGCCGCUGGACCAGCCGUGCUGCCGCUCCCUCUACGACUUUGAGCCCGAGAACGAGGGCGAGCUGGGCUUCAAGGAGGGCGACGUCAUCAUCCUCACCAACCGCAUCGACGACAACUGGUACGAGGGCAUGAUCAGCGGCGAGUCCGGCUUCUUCCCCAUCAACUACGUGGAGGUCCUCGUCCCCCUGCCCCAGUGAACACGGGGCCUCGGCCCCCGGAGCAUCCCGGGGAGGAGACUGUCUGUCUGUCUUCUGAGGUGGUUGUUCGGUCCCGACGAGACUUGGGAUCAAAUUUCACUGAUUGAAUCGUUUUCUUCGUUGAUAUUCACGAACCUAAUAGAGCGACUGAAAAGCAGGCGUUGAAGCGGGGCCCGGCCUGCUGGGGCCCCUUCGUGUCCUCUGGGUGUGGCCACGGGGAAAGACGCUGUAAUCCACACUGCUGACCACUACAAACAGAUGACAUGCUUUCAUUGGCUUUAUACUCUCGAAAGGACCGUUGUACUCAUUUCAGGGUGUUUUCCAUCCUUCACACAGUAACCACCCCAGAAAAAGACGGGGGUCCCGGAUGUCUCGUAUCAUCGCUAGCUGAAGAGCCACUAGGGUCCAAGUAUGAACAAAGUCAGAUGAAUAAUGUUUAAAGAGUUGUUUCUCCCAAAUGAAUCCAGCCAGUUGUUUGUUUGUCAACAGUGCAAAUUAAUGUAUUUUAUAUCAUCUUUUUAAAUAUCUGUUGAAAUUGUCUUGACAUCCCGACAGCGACUGAUAUAUCACCUCAAAUAGAGAAAAAGUGACACCUGUGGAGCUGCCUGCUGCACGGAAAUGAGCCAAUGACCAAUAAGGAAGUUCGUAAUGAUCCGACGUGGCGACUUUCUCGCUCCAUUGCCACUGGAAUCACUGGACCGCGUUUUUCGUUUGGAUUGUUUUUAAGAUCCAUCGUUCUCUACUAGAGAAUUAAAGAGGUGGCUUAGCAAAUGGGAUUUGUGUGAAGUGACCCUCUUUAAAUAUUUUUCUUUUACAUUUUCUCUCCCUAGAAAACACUGCUCACUGCACAGACUUUGGAGUUUUUUUAUACUUUGUAUUUCAUGUGGUGCGUUGUUCUUUUUUUUUAACGCUUAUGGUUUCCCGGUGAAGUCUUACCAAAGUUUAAGGACAUUUUCAACCCACUAAGAGCUUUGUUUCCGUCCAUAAAAUAACAGAGUAUUCUUUAAGCCCUGAGGACCCCUCAUUAGGCGACUCGGUGUGAUAUCUGCCACAUGGGGACCGACUAUGUGAUGGUUUUAGAGCUGUCUCUGUUAGAAGGAUUUACCUCCAGGGGGGAGAUUUUCAGCAGAAGUAAAAUAAGUAGAUUCCUUGAGCUAAAAGGAUUUCAAAUUAAAGCUGAAACCAGACUCCAGAUGAUGGCCAGCACGUUUCUUGUUUUUAUUGGAAGUGUGACUUCUGUUAUUAGGACGUUAGUUAAUAAGGACAUUAGUUGAAUGUGAGGUUUUUUCCUGCUCCCAAAGAACAACAGCUAUAAAAACUGCUUCAAUGUC